CCCCCUUGGGUUCCGCAGGGCCUGUACCUGUGCCUUACGGCAUCGUGGAGGGCUGGAUGACUGUACCUUUGGGCUGAGGAGAAACAGGAUUGGGGCCAGGCCUGUCCCCACCAGUUCGAUGGGUAAUGGGAAGAGAGCCACGCGGAGCAGUGUUUAGAGCUGGGGGCCUGGGGGCCUGGGGUCCAGCCCACCCUGGGUGGAUCCUGGCCCUGCCACUUCCUGGUUUGUGAAGAACCAGGCGGGGCGAGCCCGAUUCUUCCUUUUCCUUCCGUGGACCCGGAAUAACAGCGGUGAGGUUGGCGGAAGGCGGAAGGAGCCCAGCGGACAUGCGCAGUGCCGAGCAGAGCGCGGGACACGCCUGCCCGCGAGCAUGUGCUUGCCGCCCGCCGGCAGCUAGUCCCCGGGAGUUUGGGAAGGGUGAGCCAGACCGCCAAGGAAGGUGUUGGCCGAAGCUGGGGGGUGUCCGGCACGGCAUCCAUUUCUGGAGUCCCACCUUCACUUCCCGGACGCGGACGGGUUACGGGGUGCCCGCCUCUGCCGCCCCCGCCCCCCAACCCCCCAAUCUCCAUAGAAGGUAAAGACGAGAGGUGCAGACAGAGCUGUUCCCGAGGAAGUACUGUGUUGACACAAGCUGCGGACCCAGUUUCAGGCACAUUUUGCUAAAAAUGGCCUCAAAGGACAGAUUUGCAGAUGUUAAGGAACGUUUUAGUAUUUUUUAGCCCCCACCCCCUGGCCCUUUGUUUUGAAUUUUCGCGUGAGUGUUGGGGAAAGAACAGGAAGGAGCCACGUGGCCUAGUUGAGGGGAGAAAAUGAGAUUGCUUGGUUCUCAUUUGCAGCCAAAGGCACUGUGAGUUCUUCUGCAAAUGUUAAUAAAGACGAAAGCAGUCAGACAAGGGAGGCCUCCUGGGCUGCGGGAAACACCGCCGCCCGGUAGCCCCUCCCUGGGUCUGUGUAUUACCGCUUGGGAAAAGGGCAACUCUCCGCGAGGUCAGAUCACCAGUCUCAGCAGCAUUGGGGAAAAUCUCUUUCUUAUAGCCCAGGGACCAGCAGGAGAACAACGCCUGGCCUGCUCUUGGCCGAGGCUCUUGUCUGCGUGCUGAGAUCCCUGCCGGCAGCCAGUCUGGGCGCUGUCCCCACCCUUUACUGCUUAGCAGUUCAUCCUGAAGCCAUCAGAGAGAGACCUCAAGAGGAUCCCGACCCUCCUGGAAGGAACAGACACCAAUUGGAAGAGGAGCAACCGUGAGCAAGUCGGAUCUCUCCUCAGUGUGCGGACCCCGAGCGGAGACCGGUCUUCUCUGCUCAUCUGCAGGCCCGAGGGUGUCACAUCCCCAGGAGAGAUGUCAGCCCUUCCCCGGCAGGUAGCAGUGCCCAGCACGUGAUUGGUCCUGUCCCCACCUCCCUCAAGUGGACCCACCAGUGCCUUACAGACCAGGCCAAGCCACGCCUUCGGCUUUCCUCCUAACUUAGAGACCCCAAACUUUAAGAUCCCCGAGCCGCCCUCCAGCACUGAUCUGCGGAGGCUUCUGGGAGGCCUGUCUCCCGGAGGCCUCCUCCUUCAUGCUGCCACCUUCCAGGUUCCCCAUCCUUCUGCAGAAGCUGCCUCCCCGUAUCACUGGGGCUUCACUUCGGGGUGUUAGUGAGGCCAGCUGGUGGGUGGGUAGUAGUUUCUCCCACGGGGUAAGGAAUAACCAGAGGGCGCCACUGUGAACCCACCGGUGGAGAAGGAGUCCCCAAACCGGCGGUGACCUCAGGCCUCAGCUGCCACUGCUUCCCACAGGGUGGGGGCAUCACCCCCAACCGUGCGUCGGCCCCUCUGGACUUUGUUGCUGGUGUCACUGUUUGGGGUUUCUUAACAGGUUUACGGAAGUAUAAUUUUCACUGCUGUGAAAUUCGCUCAUUUUAAAGGCAUGAUUCACUGACUUGUAGUAACCGUAAGAAGUUGUGCAACAUCGCUACAAUGUCCUUUGAGAGUAUUUCCAUCACCCCCCGAAAAAGAAACCUGGUAUCCCACUUGCCAUCAGAUCCUGUUCCCACCCCCAGCCCCAGGCUCGCGCCGUUUCCUCUCUGCCUCUGGAGAUUUUGCCGUUUCUGGACAUCUCAUAUAAAUGGAAGCACAUACCACGUGUGGAUGCCUGUUUUUUAUAUCCUGACAGAGGCGCGAGGAGACGGUGCCCACUCACUGAUACGCCCACCUUUCCACAGACGGCUGAGGCCACGUCCUGGUGUGUUUUCUUAGAGCUGGGAGAUCUCCUGGAGACACUGAGUGCAAUCUUUAGUCUAGUGCAGGAAGGAAAUCCUGUGUGCCCAACGUUACACGAGGACCCUCUGACAUCUGCUUGAAUACGCGUGGCGACAGGCAGCUCGCUAACCCCGGGACUGAAAGAAACUUGCUUGUCCUGAUCACAUGGACGAGCUGGGCCAAUAAAAGAACACACCAGAACCCCUCUGACCGGAGACUCUGACCUGCUGACACCGAAAGACCUGCCCAGGUGACAAGUAGAACACCAUGGAAGGCGACUGUCUGAGCUGCAUGAAGUAUCUGAUGUUUGUUUUCAAUUUCUUCAUAUUUCUGGGUGGGGCCUGCCUGCUGGGCAUCGGCAUCUGGGUCAUGGUGGACCCCACCGGCUUCCGGGAGAUCGUGGCCGCCAACCCCCUGCUAAUCACGGGCGCCUACAUCCUCCUGGCCAUGGGGGGCCUGCUUUUUCUGCUCGGCUUCCUGGGCUGCUGCGGGGCCGUCCGUGAGAACAAGUGUCUGCUGCUGUUUUUCUUCCUGUUCAUCCUCAUCAUCUUCUUGGCGGAGCUCUCGGCGGCCAUCCUGGCCUUCAUCUUCAGGGAAAACCUCACCCGAGAGUUCUUCACCAAGGAGCUCACCAAGCACUACCAGGGCAACAACGACACAGACGUCUUCUCUGCCACCUGGAACUCCGUCAUGAUCACGUUUGGUUGCUGUGGGGUCAACGGGCCUGAAGAUUUCAGGUUCGCAUCGGUUUUCCGACUGCUGACUUUGGACAGUGCCGAGGUCCCGGAGGCCUGCUGCCGGAGAGAGCCCCAGACUCGGGACGGGGUCCUGCUGAGCAGGGAGGAGUGCCUUCUGGGAAGAGACCUGUUCCUGAACAAGCAGGGCUGUUACACCGUGAUCCUCAACACCUUUGAAACCUACGUCUACCUGGCUGGAGCCCUCGCCAUAGGGGUGCUGGCCAUAGAGCUUUUCGCCAUGAUCUUUGCCAUGUGUCUCUUCCGGGGCAUCCAGUAGAGGGCGUGACCUGGAGCCUGAAGCCUCACCCGCCACCACUGCCCGGCACCCAACACCCUCCCCUCCCCGGUGUCCUUGCCCUCUUGUCCCCAGGGGAGGAGGUGAAGCCAUCCUGAGUGGCCAGAGGAAGGGGCAGAGGAAAAUAGCUAUUUUUUUAACAAAACAAAAUGAAGACAAGAAAAUGGACGGACGUACCCCGCCUGGACUCCGGGCUCUCUGCGAGGGCCCUGGCGCUUGAACCCAGGGAGCACUCUGGACUAGAGACCAAAGGAACCCCAAGCCCAGGUUCCCUCCUCAGCCCCGCCAGCCCCUAGCAGCCCCAGGCCUGGGCCUUCUCCUCAGCUCCAGGUGCCAAGAACGGGAGGAUCGAGGCAACAAGGAGGCAAAAGCAACUCUCAGAUCGACAAAGCCCAGGGGCCCCCUGGGAGACUCGGGCACCGUGUCCCCGAGGACUUGGAACCUACACCGAAGCCCUGGUCUUCUGAGGAUGGAGUUGCCCCUGCCUCGGGCUGGGGCCAAGAGUGGGCUACAGACGCUGGAUCUGAAAAUGGCCUAGCUGGCAGGGUCCUCGCUUCCCCCAUCUGUUGGAUCGAAUAAUCCGGAAAGCCCAGAGAGGGGCAGUUUGUCAUUCACAGUCACACAGCACGUGCGUGACAACUGUGAACUGGAACCCACUCAUCCCUAGGCUGCCUCUCACCGCUUCCAGGGCUCUGUCAGUCUCAGCGUCCUGGUUUCCCGAGAGAGAGAGCAGGCUGGUCAGGAACUUCCCAGGCCCACAGCUGAGAAAAUUACGGACUAUUGCCCCUGCUCUCGUUUCACCCCACCCCCAUACUUCUUUCUAAGCCUGCAGGGACACACACACACACAAACACACACUACCGUCCCUUUGCCACACUGCCCACCUCUGCCCACAAGCCUAACCCCUUCCCUGUUCACCAACUCUGUGGUUCCCCGGCUGGAAGGAACCCCCAGGAUCAUCUGGUUCUCCUCUCCCCACCCAGAACUGAGGCUUGGACGUCUUCCACAAGCUCUCUGCCAAGACUUUGCCACCGUCUUCUUGCAUACCUCCAAGGACGGGGAGCUUACUACCUCCCAAGACAGCCUUCUGCCUUUGGACUGCUCUGCCUUUUUAGCAUCAGCUCACUGCACAUUAGGGUUCUCUGUUUCUCUUUGGUUGCAUCCAUGGCAUCCCACGUUCUCUUUCUCCUUCCCAAAGUGUUAAGGCCACACAUCGUCUUCCCCCAGAUGCGUUUUCUGCAGGCUACAGAGCUCCAAGACAUCUCGUUCCAGCUGUGACAUGCUUUCCUGUCCCUUCACUGUCCGUAGCACAUUUCUGUGUGUUUCUUCCAGGCUUGGGCAGGGAGAGGUUGUCCCCUAGACUCACUCACGCCUACACAGCGCCCACCGAUCAGUUCCUUGCACACAGGCCUUACAUCCUAGACCGCUGUCGGCGACCGUAUUACAAGAUCCCUCGACCCCAGUGAAUCAGGAGUGACCGCCGGAGGCUGGUCAGGGGAUCUGGGGUUUGGCCUGGGGUCCGAGGGAAAGGACAGCGUAAUCCUAGUUGGUGUCUGCCCGACAACUUACGCUUGAUUAGUGACGUCUGCCGCGGGCUUGGCAAGGGGAGGGGCGGUGUGGCGCCUGACCUCCUCUCCACGUCCCUCUUCAGGGUCUGGGAAGGGCCUGUUCUGACUCCCAGGCCCUGCGUCAGCUUCCAGCCUCCCUUCCAGCUUUCCAGCCAGUGGGAGAGAGACAGCUGUGGCCUGGAGCCCUGUGCUUCUCUGCUCUGCCACCUGCCCCCUUCAGAGAUGCAGCCCCAGUUCUGUGCCUGCUGUAAAGAUUGGCUUUGACCCUCCUCUUGUCUCUCCCCUUCCCCCUCCCAUCCUCCUGCUGUCCCCUCUAGUCCCAGGUCCCCCUCGUGGUCUCCAAGCUGGGGCUUGCCAUAGAGUCCCUGUAGCAGCCUG